AGUCCGUGUAUAAAUACCAAAGCGAGUGGGAAUAUAUUUUUUAUAUUAUCAUCACACAUAUAUUCACUUGUUAUUCGUACCACCUUAUUGGCUUCCAACUAAUUAAUUAAAAAUAAUGGCCAGAGUUCUCCUACUUCCGGUCGCAGCGGUGGUUGUGUUUCUGUCAUGCGUUUCCGUCACGGCCGGGACGGCGGCGGCCACCGCCUUCAUCAGGUCCUCCUGCCGUGCCACCACCUACCCUGACGUGUGCGUGACAUCACUGGCGGAGUACGGGCCGGCGAUCAAAGAGAGCCCACAGAACCUGGUCCAGACCGCCCUGUCCGUGAGCCUGAAACGGGCCAACUCCACCAAGGCCUUCGUUAACAGGCUCUGCAAGACGACGGAUAGAUCCAAGAGCUUAGAGUAUGGGCCGCUCAAGGACUGCUUGGACCAGAUCAGUGACAGCAUGGACCGGAUUACCAAGUCCGUCGGGGAGCUCAAGAAAAUGGGCCGGGCCCAGUCACCGGAAUUCCUGUUGCACGUCAGCAACGCCCAGACUUGGGUCAGCGCGGCCCUGACGGAUCAGACUACUUGCAUGGAUGGUUUUGAGGGCCGGGCUUUUGAUCGGUCGGUUAAGGCUCCGAUUCGGGCCCAGGUCAACGAUCUGGCCCGGGUCACCAGUAAUGCCUUAGCAUUAAUCAACAAGUUUGUUGCAAAAUACAACUAAUUGAUGAUCUUCAAAAAUGGUAGGUGAACACCACUUUUUACACCAAGUUUGAAACCAAUCUAUUUAUGUAUUGGUGUAAAAGGUGAUGUCAAAAGUGGUGUGCCUCUAUCAUUUUGAUAUUUAUCUACUCUAUGUUAGGGUACCCUCAAAUGAUUGUUACUCUUUGAUUCACCCAAACUUCGCAGGAUGCUUAAGGUCUGUAUCGCACAGAUGAUUAUCAUCUGUGUUAUUUGUACGAAGCUUGGAUGCACAUAUGGUAGCAAGCAUUUGAGGGCACCUAUAGUCCUUGUUUCUUAGCUGUGAUGUUUUUAUAGUUGGUCCCAAAAAAUGAGUACUUCAUGAAGAGAUAGGAGUAAUAUUAUUAUUUUUAAGGUUUUUUUAAUACUGUGACACUUUUUUCUCCAUGAAAUCUCAGAGUUUUUAUUUUUAUUCUUCAAAAUUUAGAAAAACAUAUGUAUGGUGUUGGUUGGUAA